ACAAAAGGAAAGAGCUAAAAAACAAUAUAAAGAGGAAACGAUAAAAUGGUCAUCAAUAUUCUAAUAAACAAUAAACACUGGAUUUCUUGCGAAGACCAAAUCAGUUACCAUCAACUAUGUGGUAGAAUAGAGAAUUCCACGAAUUUGCUUCCCGAAGAUUACUACCUUCUUUGCAAUGGAAAACCGUUGCUGGGAGCCCAGCCAGGAGGUGAUGUCCAUUGCAUACUGCGGCAGUUGGGCGGUAAGGGCGGAUUCGGUUCCAUGCUCCGAGCUAUUGGCGCGCAAAUCGAGAAGACCACAAAUCGAGAGGCCUGCCGGGAUCUCAGUGGACGUCGCUUGCGGGACAUCAACGAGGAGAAGCGGGUCCGUGCUUGGCUGGAGAAGCAAGGUGAAAGGGAGCGUGAGGCCGAGGAAAGAAAGAAGCGUAAAAUUGAGAAGCUCCUGGCCGUGCCCAAGCAUGAGUUUAAGGACGAUGAGUACGAGGAAGCUAGGGCCAAUCUUACCGAGAAGGUAAACGAUGCCUUCGAAGAGGGACUCAAACAGGCCGAGGAGAUAAAGGAAAAGCAGGAUGUGGACCCUUCAACCAGCGGAACCAAACGCAAAGCUACCACAGAGGACAAGAGCAAGGCCAAGAAAAAGAAGAAAGGAACCCUUUGGAUAGGCGACGAAAUCUCCGGAUCGGACUCGGACUCAGAAAGUAGUGAGGAAGAACCAGAGGCUACCAAAAAAGCUGUACAAAACUAAUAGAAUAUGUUUCUUUUUAAAUUUUUCUUAAAUGUAUUUGCUUUUUCAAAUAGUUGUUUGAAUCUGACCUUAAAAAUUCGAUUCUAUACCUUAAUUGCAUUUAAAAUUUGAAUGAUUUAGCUUUAAUAUUAAGCACUAGGAAGAUUUAUAAUUAGUUGUAUAAAUAAACGAUUGAAUGACAAACGGGAA